AUGCCGCACCAAAGGACCCUGUCUGGCACUCCGCUCCGCACGAUUCCGGAGGACCGUGCCAUCACUAUCACUUCGGCUGUCGAUGAGGCUAUGAUCAAGCAACACCCGCGCGACGAAUCGGCGGACGCGUUCCAGAACAGCUUGGCGAUCCACCUGCUCGAGAAGAAGUUGGUUCGUCUAGUCGAAGGCAAGGAACACGUGCGCAUCAAGCUACAGCUUCUCAACUUGCACUUGGAGAAAUGUCGUCGGGAGCUGAGUUCUCUUCGCAAGGCGGUCUACGACUAA